AUGUUGUAUUACAAUUUUGUAUUAAAGUUCUGGAUUUUUACAGAAGCAAAUAUUCUCAAUAACGUUCUUAGCUUACCAGCCCAAUGCGUAUAUCGAAACGAAGUUUGGCCUUGUAAGUUAUCAUUUUCUUGCUGGCUGCAAGGUGGAAAGAAUGCUGCUGGCUGUGGUUCCAACAAGUGGUUUUUCUCGUGUUGCGUUACUGAGGAAAAUGUGAGUUCUCCGGAAAAUGCAUUUCUUAGUAACUUUCGAAUCGAAACCAAGAAUAUUUUAAAUAUCGCAACGAAUAACGUCAUAAAACGUAAAAUUAAGCUUGGGCUCAGUUUGAAGGUCAGUCAUCGGUGUGGUAAAGCCAAAACAUUUCGCAAUACCUUACAAAAACGUAUAAUUGGGGGUAGACCAGCGAUGUUCGCAGAAUAUCCAUGGCAAGCGCAUAUUAGAGUUUCUGAAUACCAAUGUGGUGGCGUUUUGAUUUCUAAUGAAUUUGUUGCUACUGCUGCGCAUUGCAUACAACAGGUUAAACUUCAGGAUAUAAUUGUGUAUUUAGGUGAACUGGACACUCAAGAUAUGGGUCUCAUAUAUGAACCACUACCAGUUGAAAAACAUAAUGUGACAGAGAAAAUAGUUCACCCGUACUUUCAAUUCCGAAUGACUCAACCAGACCGUUAUGAUGUUGCAUUGCUGAAACUGGAUAAAGCCACACAUUUCAG